AUGAUUGUACAGGUGCUGUACGGUACCGUACGUAACGGAACGGAAGGUAGCCACACCCUUGAUGCCUGUGCACGAAAACUGUUCCAGAUGUGCUUUAUUUCCAGAAAAUUCUUGGGCAUGUAUCAACAAAUUCUAUACCGGAUGUUUACACCAGGCGACGGAAGUUUUCGGGAAAGGCUAAAACCCGAACACAUCAGCAUGGAGCAGAUCCUAAAUAUGGUCACUGGCUGCCUGGUCCUGAGAGAUAUUGAGGAAGGAGAAGACUCUGAAGACGAAGGAGGGGAUGAUUUACAGUGGGUGGGAUACAAAGAAGUGGCUCAACUCGGCAGGGGAAAAUCACUGGUACCAUAUGAAAAAACAAAGAGGACAAUAGGAGAUCUUAUUGACCUGCAGACAGGGAGGCCACGAGCGGUUGCUGGGGGAUUCCAUUUAACAGACCCUUGGUGGCAGAUGACAAUUCUUAGAACAAAGAAGAGCAAGGGAAAGUUUCUCGAGCCAAAAGACUACUUUGCAUUAUGUUACAGGCUCAGAGAUGAUGCAAGCAGGUUCACUGACAGAGUUGUGCACCUGUUUUUGAGUAAAUUACAGGAUACUUUGUCGGAGGAAGAUGAUAAUGGGACCAAGGUCAAUAUCUCUCCAUGGUUUUCACCUGCAAGGAUACAGUUUGAAACAUUUUUAAAAGAGAGGGGUCAAUAUGAUGAUUUGGAGUUACUGAACCUUGAGGAACGACUUGAAGCUUAUGUGGGGAGUUUUCCUGAAGAUGAACAAACAGCGAGUUCUACACAAACACGAUUUAAAAAUGCCAUCAUACAGUCAGGUGAAUUCAGGUUUAUCAAGGUGGGUGAAACAUUUCCAGAACUUCUGCAUUAUGUACCUCAACUGUUUCCAGGCAACUUUAAGAACAUUAUCUCCCUUGAUGAUGAUAAGCUGAACAAACUCAAAACCUUGUUGACAGACAACCCUGGACUUCUAGCCUUCAAAGCGAUUUUAUCAAAGAAAUGUGGUAUUUUGGGAUGUGAAACAUCGUAUGAUGCCCUGACAAAAUCUGGCCUGUUGGCCAAAGUUCCACAGAAUAUACAGGAUGCUAUACUUAUGUACGAGUUCAUCAAGAAAGAUACAAAGGAGAAUGGUCACACAUACAUACACUUCAGCAGAAUAUUAGAUGUACUAAGCCCAGUUGUCCAGCUGUUUGAAGAAGGGCUAGAAUUCUUGAACAAGAACAAAGUGACAAAAACUUCAGUGGAAAAUGGUGAGAGGCAUGUGUUCCUAGUUGUACUGUGGAAGGCAGAGAACAAUAUAGCGCGUGGAAUAAAUUCAUUAAUAAAACAAGAUGAAAGACAGCCAUGGAAACUAGAGGUGGACUGGGAGACUGAAGAUUUUGAGAGUAUAAGACAAGACAAUGACCAGCUGAGAGCCGCUAAAUUGAUUGCUAGCAAACCUGUUGUAGCCAUAUCGGGAAAAGGUGGCUGUGGCAAAACUUAUGUGGUAACCAAGGUGAUCACUGCUGCCAAGGCAACAAGACAGAAACAGAAAGACACAGAAACAGGAACUGGUCUACAUGAUGAUGCAGAAGCUGCUGAUCUUGCUGACAGGGGAGAUGACUCCUAUGAAUGGAAGGGAGAUUAUCCUGAAGAGAAAGAAGAAUGUCCAGAGAAAAUAGAGUUAUUGCUUACAGCACCUACUGGAAAAGCUGCAAAUUUGUUGGGAAAGAGAGCAAAAUGUGCAUCGUUUACACUACACCAGGUCAUCUAUAGUUACAGGAAUCAAAAAAAUGACAAUCCAUGGAAACACAAGGAUGUGAAUACCCUGGUUGUAGAUGAGUGUAGCCUGGUGUCUGUGUCCACAUUUUCCUUCCUCAUUGAGCUUCUGCAGGAACACGCACAGCUCAGGAAGAUAGUUCUGCUCGGAGACGUUAGACAGCUGCCAUCUAUAGAACCAGGAAACUUCCUUAGUGAUACAUUUAUAUCAUUAGCAAGGAUAGGUUGUGCUGUUGAACUGAGGAACAACCAUCGUGCUGAGUCAGCAAGGAUUAUUGAUAAUGCUACAAGAAUAUCAAAGAAAAUAUACCCAGAAUUCCACCCAGAACAGUUCAGUUUGAGAAAACUACCAUAUGCCAACCCUUCUUCAAGUGGAGAUGAUUAUACUUCACAAGAUAUCAGUAUGGAGGUGAUGAAGUUGUUAAACCAUGAUUCAUUAAAGGACCAUGUCACUUCACAGUUCAUCAGCUUUACAAGGAAGGUGUGUGACAGUAUAAAUGAUCUAUGUUGUAAGAGAUACAGUGACCAUCGUACAAAAGAGUUCGGGAAGGCUGUGUUCCGUACAGGUGACAAGAUCUGCUGUACCAAGAAUGGAUAUGUGAACCUGUAUGAGAGAAGUCAUGGUGUCAUGUCCUGUAACAGUCAAGCAACUCAAAGGAAAGUUAAGGAGGAGGAAAGUCAGGGUGGAGUAGAAAGGACUGUAAAUGAUGAUGAAGACACCAGUCUGCUUGGUAAUUCUGGAGACCAGUCUACUUUGAAUGGAUCCCUGGAUACAACAGCAGCUGGUUCCUCUAAAAAGAAAGGUGAAGGGUCACAUAAAACCAAUCAGAUCAGGCUGUGUAAUGGAGAAAUAUUCUUCAUUGUUGAGGAGCUAGAGACAAGAGAUGAUACUGGAAAAAUGCGAACUUUUCUACAGUUGUCAGAUAAGGACAAAGAGGAGGAGUUUCUGUUCUGGGUAGAUAAAGGCCAGAUCAAAAAGGCUUGUCAGAUCAAACAUGCCUGGGCUAGAACCAUUCAUACAUUCCAGGGUUCAGAGACAGAUAAUGUGGUGUAUAUAGUUGGUAACGGGACCUGGAGACAGAACUGGCAGCAUGUGUAUACAGCAGUUACAAGGGGCCGUAAAUCUGUGUUCAUUAUUGGUAGAGAGGACAUACUGCGGAAUGCAGUUAAACGUUCAGAGAUUAAACGGCAGACCAGUCUUAGAAAACAGCUCCUUGAAUUGUUGCAGAAAAACAAAGAUUUCAACACCACAGAAGCAAUGCAAAUGUCGUCUAUGAACAUCACAGCAUUUCAUCCAUUGUCACAAAGAGCCCCUGUGAAGGGAAAUAACUCAGCAGUUAGUAAAACUGUGUCGGUAUCACAUGGCCAGCACAAACAGCCAAUGAAAAAUGAGUUACCAAGUGGAUCUGGGGAUGCUACCUUAAAUAAUACACAAAUGGUCACAGAUAUCCUUAGUUCUCUUGCAUGUGAACAUGACGGUCAAACAGAGAGCAGCGACAUUGAUGAAUAUGAAUCGGACGACUUUCAGAGCUUAUUUACAAAAAUUAAACCUGCAAGAGGUAAAACCCAAUCACAUGCUGUAGACAGCAAUAGCAUUCCGCUAGAAACCAAACUAGCAUUAGAUGAAGCUGCUAGUGGGCAAGCAUACAAUCAUGAACAAAAUGGCUUCAAAUUGUGCCAUUUGAAUAGAGGAAGUGGCAAACAAAAUGUUAAUCACUGUGAUAAAAACCCUUCUAUCUUCGAUCAUUCCAAUACAAACAGAAGUGAUAAGGCAGCUGCAACAAAAGACUGUAUUAGGAACAUGGAAACCGAAGAGUCGGGAGGUGAGGAGGAAAUGGAUAAUGGAUCUGAUCCUGAAUCAGAUGAUUCUCAAAGUUUGAUAUCACCUCUGACAACACGUGCACGAUCUCGUGCUAAAGCUACUCUAGAGUUGCAGAAAGGCAAUGAUAAAAGUAAGGAGAGUGUACUUAAUGAGACCAAUGCUAAUCAAAAACACAUGAGUAAUUCAGAAAGUGUUAACUUGAAUGAUAAUAAAAUUGCUCAUUUAAAAGGCAGGAAUAAGAACAAGUUGAGUUUAGCCAAAGGGAAAAAACCAUUAUCAUUCAUAGGCAGCCAGAGUGUUGAAACACCUUUGAACAUUUCAAGGGGUAGAAAAUACAGAUACAGCAUUCAAGGGGUAUCGUCGCCUAUAACACCAUUAAUGAACAGGACAAAUUUCAGUCCAAACAUAGCAGGUGCGCAGAAUACAAGUUCACCAGUAACAGGCACUUCAUCAGACUUCCAGUGUCAUAUCAGGUCUGGAAUAUCGCCUUUAACAACAGAUUAUGAUGUAUCAUUUUCAGAAAGUAAACCAGUAUCAUUAGAUUCUAGUGUAUUCAGUUCUAGUAAGAGGAUAACCAUGUCGCCGUCAAACUUUAAUUUUAGACAAGACAAGGCGAGGCGACUCAGUGAGCUGGAUGAUAUCAAGGAACCUAAGAGUAACGAGUCUGUCCAGUCGCAGUGGUCGGAAAUAGAUGAGAGUGAUUACUUGAAACUUGUUGACGAAUCUAACUUGCAGCAACAAAACUCAGGAAAUAUGUCUGGUGUUAUUGUCUCGCACAAGGAUGGUAUAGAUACUAGUGUAACUGGAAAUACAAGUGUCUAUGCAAAGAAACAGAUGCUUGGUAUUCAGACUAUACAGAAAAAUCUGAACUCUACCAACAUGUCUGUAAACAGUCAGUGGUCUGAGGUCGAUGAUGAGCAGUAUAUGACCCUUGACCUUGAAGACAUUAAUGGCAUGACCUGUAGUAACCAUGACGACAGUAACAUGGAUAACAGUGAUACAAGGAAAGAUAGGGAGGGUGAAACUUCACAUUUUAUUAAAAAUAUAACAGAUAAAAGCCCUAUAAAUGAAAGGCAAAUUUUAGAAGAUAGUUUGUAUCGAGAAAAUACGCAAAUAGAAGUUCCAGAAAUAAGUGUUACACACUCCCCACCCAGUCCCUCUCUUUUCGAAACCCCACCAAGAAAGUUGAAAUUAUCUCCAAGUCGAAAACGAGGGCUUGAUGUAUGUGAUAGUGAUAACAUAGAAGUUUCACCUGUAAAACGCUCAUUAUCAAAACUGAAAUUUUAAUGAACCAGAGGUUCGAUAACAUAUUUAAUAUGUAAGUUCAUACACCUCAUGUUUUUAUUUAAUAUGAUGACCUCAGUAGAGUGGAAAAUUUUACUGCAACAAGCUGUAAAUGUAAAUACUGUAUAGUAAAACUGAUACAGUUGUCAAAAAUUAUAUAUACAUUUCCCAUUGCUGGUUGAGGUAAUGAUUGUAUGCUUAAGGCCAAAGGUUUUGUAUGGUCCAUUAAAUCAUGAAUAGAUUAAAACUACUAAUCUGAGUAGCUUUUAUUCUACUAAGAUAUAAAGACAAUUUAGUAAUUCCCAUUUGUCCAUAAUUUCAUAGAAUUUCAUUGAUAAACAAAAAUUUAAUUCUCAAUGUUUUCAAAUGCCGCUGUCAAAAUUAACUUCACAGUCUACUUAGAUUCAGUUGUAUAGAAUCAUUGUCACAGUCAGUAAGGCAUGUGUGUUCUCGAAUUAUAAUAACAACAAAGCAUCUUGUUUUCAUAGGCCUCACAAGCUUCUGCAGGUACUGUUGAUCUAAAGAAGCAUUUUCCAAGAA